AUGGCCAGUUCCGCGGCCAAUAGAAAGGCUGAGCUCGACAUGUUCCAGCACUCUAUUCUGCCAAAAGAGAAGGGCUCCUUCCGAUUGAUACACAUCAGACCUGAUCUGUCCGUCGACGGCCUCCCCGAUUGCUACUUACAGGAUGCGCUAGUUCAAGAAUCGAACUAUGUCUGUCUUUCCUACACCUGGGGUCAACCAGGGGACGAGUACCCCAUCAAGCUCAAUGGAGAACUAUUUCAUGUGCGCCGAAAUCUCCACAAUUUCCUCCAAGCGGCACGUCAGCGUCUCACAUUCUGUACGCUAUGGAUAGACGCGUUAUGCAUAAACCAAACCGAUGUCGAGGAAAGAAACCAUCAAGUUCAGCAGAUGGGUAACAUUUUUGCUGCCGCAAGAAUGGUAGUGUCGUGGCUAGGUAAUAGUCUCGAGACGCAAGAAUUCGUUCAGGCGGUAGGACAGGAGUUCGACCGCCAGGUAUGGAAGACGUGGGAGUGUUUCUAUCACCGCAAGCACGGUGAUAAAUCUUGGGGGAGCUACUCCCGGAUCUUGGAGCCGAACGGCAAGAGUCAAUUGGUCCAGACCCAUAAACUCAUGGAAGACAAUACACACAACUCCCACAUCCCGGACUCUUCACCCAUUGAGAAAUAUUACGGUCGCGUUGCGAACAAUCCUUACUGGAAAAGAGCCUGGGUUACACAAGAAAUACUGCUAUCAAGCACGCUGAUCGUGAUGGCUGGAGAGCAUGUCAUCGAUUUUGUGUCACUCGCGCACAUGUGUAUCCGUACAAGAGAUGAGAUGCCUGAGGACCCAUUGGAGGAAUAUGCGCGCUUUUUACUAGUGAACAAAAGCAACGACACAGAGAAUAGACCAAACCGCUCGUCUCUGUUCAACGUGGACAGGGGGAACACGCAAGGACUGCUUGCCCUCCUGAGGCACUUCUCAGGAAAAUGUUGCGCAAUUCGACGGGAUCGUAUCUACUCCCUCUUAGCACUUUGUAAAGGUGGCGAGAAGAUCAAGGUUGACUACGAUGAACCAGAUAUCAAGCUCAUCAUGCAAGUUCUAGAUGCCUGCAAAGAAGAACUACUGUGGCUCGCAUUGUAA